AUGGAGCGAAUCGAAGAUUUUCAAGUAUUAAAUCAGAUCGGCCGAGGUGGUUUUGCGUCAGUUUAUAGAGCUGUAUGUGGGGCAGAUGGAAAGGUUACAAUUCAUUCACGUCUGAAGCAUCCUGCGAUACUAGAACUCAUUGCUUAUUUCGAGGUUGUCUCUGGGUUAAUCUAUCUUCACAGUCACGGUAUUAUGCACAGGGAUCUGACCCUGGCCAAUCUAAUGUUGACCCACGACAUGAAAGUUAAGAUUGGGGAUUUUGGACUCGCAACACAGGUUAGCAAUGCGCAGGACCGUCACGUGACCAUGUGUGGCACCCCUAACUAUAUUAGCCCUGAAGUUGCAACACGUUCCUCGCACGGUCUUGAAGCUGACAUCUGGGGUCUAGGUUGUUUAUUGUACACACUGCUGGUUGGUACUCCACCCUUUGAUACUUCAGGAGUACGGUCUACCUUAACCAAGGUUGUAAUGGCGGAUUAUCAGCUACCCUCCCAUCUAUCCCAUGAAGCCGCUGAUCUCAUAGCCUCCAUGCUCAGGAAGAAUCCGAACGAGAGAGUUAAACUGAGAGAUAUUCCUAACCACCCUUGGUUUAGAAUACAUCAGAUGUCGAGUAGUAGCAGCAGACCUGGACCCAGGCCCUUACAGGCGUUUCCUAUGCGAUCAGUUCCAGAGCACUCAGUGGAGAAUGAGAAAGGAAUUGUACAGAAGUCCCCCCUAAGACUUGAGCAUAGAGGGAGUCGAGACAAAAACUUUGUCCUUGAGAGUGUUUACGGAAAAGGAGUAGAAGAGUUCUGGUGA